UUCAGGCCGUGCGCUUCCCACUUCCGCCCCCUCCGCCUGCCACUGGACGAGCGAAGCCGAACAAGUUGUGGCCGUCCAGCAGCCGGCUCUUCCCCUCUUCCUCCUCGCCUCCUCUUCUUUUCUCCCUCCCUCUUAUUCCCUGGCCGCCGCCCGAGCCGUCGCCGCCGCCCGGAGGCCGAGAGACCGCCGAGCCCCCCAGCCCCUGCCGCCGCCGACAUGAGCUUCUUGUUUGGUAGCCGCUCCUCUAAAACUUUUAAACCAAAGAAGAACAUUCCGGAGGGUUCUCACCAGUAUGAACUCUUAAAGCACGCAGAAGCCACGCUUGGUAGUGGCAAUCUCCGGACGGCUGUCAUGCUUCCUGAGGGGGAAGAUCUAAAUGAAUGGGUUGCAGUGAACACUGUGGAUUUCUUCAAUCAGAUUAAUAUGCUUUAUGGAACAAUCACAGAUUUCUGUACAGAGGAAAGUUGUCCAGUGAUGUCAGCUGGCCCAAAAUAUGAGUAUCAUUGGGCAGAUGGAACAAACAUAAAGAAGCCUAUUAAGUGCUCUGCGCCAAAGUAUAUUGAUUACCUAAUGACUUGGGUUCAGGACCAGUUGGAUGAUGAGACAUUAUUUCCAUCAAAAAUUGGUGUCCCGUUUCCGAAGAAUUUCAUGUCUGUGGCAAAAACUAUACUCAAACGCCUCUUUAGGGUUUAUGCUCACAUUUAUCAUCAGCAUUUUGACCCUGUGAUCCAGCUUCAGGAGGAAGCGCAUCUCAAUACAUCUUUCAAGCACUUUAUAUUUUUUGUCCAGGAAUUCAACCUUAUUGAUAGAAGAGAACUUGCACCACUCCAAGAACUGAUUGAAAAACUCACCUCAAAGGACAGAUAAAAGGAUGAAGAGCUGUGCAAGUUGUUCCUCAGAUGAAGUGUGUUGAGUGUAUAUGGAUUUUGUUGUGUUUUAUUUUUAUCUCAGUCAUUUUUGUCCUAGGUUUGGGGGGCUUGUUUGGGUUUGAUUUUCUUUAUUCCGAAUAAAUGAAACCAUACUCUGUUGCUAGAGGAAGCCAAGAACCAUUCUCUAUAUAUUUGAUAGGGGUAAAUUUUGUCAUAGUGGCUGGCAUACGGUUUUUGUUUUUUUACUUGGUUUGAUUACUUGCAGAAUUUUUGAUAAUACUGCGUGUUGAAAGAAAAUGCUUACUUGAUUAGAUUGCUGAUGGAUGGGGGUUCUGUGUUGUGUAAAUUGUGGCCAGUUUUUGAAGUCCCCAAGAGACUUAUGUUUUUAAGUGCCUUGGCAGGCUCACUUCUGAGGUGCAAAGCACAUAGAACUGAACAGGGCUUGAAAUAUUAGGAAUACUACCCAGGGCACUUACUGAUGCAUGUUUUAAAACAUCUGUGAUAAAAGCCAUAGUUUACCUAAAUUGGUGAUCUCCAGCUUUUACUACAUUGAAGAAACACAAUUUGUAAAGGUGUGCAUGUAGAACAUAAAAAAGUAGUAUUAUUUUUUGAUAUUGGUGGUAAUUCUGUUCAGCAAAUGCUUAAAGUUCUACAAGUAGGUCUUUUUCCAUCUUUUGGUAUCUGUGAUAUUAAAACUUGAGGAUGUUGGAGUGUAAUACCUAUUGUAUUUUAGCUUCUUUCCACGUGUUAACUGCACUGUAGGUGUAAAAUUUCAGGUUAUAUAUAGGUUUGCCAUCUUCAGAGGUGAUGCUGAACUGUGAGGUUUCUUAGCAAUUGCCAAAUGAGCCAUAAGUCUACAGAAUUCCCUUCUGUUUUGAAGAGGAGGGGAUGGAUAGGAGUGUGUGCUUGGUUGGGAGGGUUAGUUUGUGGGGAGCUAUAGAUGGGAUAAGUAUGGUGAGCCAAGUUCAAAAGGUCUUGUCUUAAAAUCAUUGAAUAGAGUGGCAUGAAGAUUUUAAUCAAUUUCUUGUAAACAAAGUCUUAGAGACUUCCUUUUAAGAAUCAACUUCCGUGAGAAGUUAAAAAUAAAUUAUUAAUUUUAGGUGUAGACGUUAAUCAUGAAAUUUAAGGACCGUUUGGAGGAAUUGAUCACGCUCCAGCAUUUCCAUUCAGUGAAUGGAGCUGGUGUUUGCCUGUCAUUUUAAAAUGAUACAGUACCUUCUUUGCUUAUGAUAGGCCCAAUUUGAAGCAUUCUGACUUCUGAUUUUUCCACUGUGAAAGGAAAUCUUUUUCUUUGCAGUGAUCUCAAACAAUGAAAGUGCUAAUUUGGUAGUAUUAACUUUUACAUUUUAUUUGUCAUGACUUUCUAGUGAAUUAUUCCCAUGAGUAAAACGUUCAGAAACUUAGUUUUAAAAAUAAUAUUAGCAUUUUUUACUUCAGUUUUAUUCUCAAGAAGUAUCUUUUUCAGGCUUCCAGUUUUAAUUUUGUAAUUUCUAGUAAAUUUCAUUCCUUCAGUUUCCUCUAUAUAGAGUUCCCUCAGUUUGAAAUACACACCUUUUUCCUUGUAGAAUAGAAAUCUUGUUCUGAAAUUAUAUAGACUAAAAAUGGUCAGUAGGAAAAAAUCUAAAAUGAAAUCACUUUGUUUUUGCCAUUAACAAGGAGAGCAGUGAUACAAUUUAAUGCCAUUGCAAUUAUGAUAAUUAGGAACUGCCUUUUUCUCCAUUUCAUUUCUAACAAUCAUUCUCCAAGUACCAAUAGUAGAAGUAACAGGAAAUCCUGGCAGAGGCAAAUACAUGGGACACUUAUUGGUAAUGUUUCUUCAUAGAUUGCAGUGAGAACAAGCUAACUUCCUUAAAACAGAUCUUUUAUUACCCAGAUAGGUAGUAUCAGCCACUAUGGUUGAUUCAAAAAUAAAAUUUAGUGUCAAAUAAUUUGGGGUCCUGUUUGUUUAUGAAAACGAAGCACAUGAUUUUUCAAGUAGUCUUCCAUACUGCAUUUGACUUUAUAUCAACCCAGUAACAAAGGGGUUGCAAUAGCCAUGUGUAGAGAAUAGUGAAAAAUUGUUCUUGCUCUUUUUAAGCCUUACACACUAGUACACUGUAAAAAUGGAAAAAUGUUUCUGUAAAUUAAUAUUUAGUAGUAGGCCCUACUUUCUACUGUAUGUAGAUAGGAGUUGUCACUGUGUCAGAAUCUCAGGUGCCUGCUUCUGAGUAUUCCUUUCAACAGAGGUAUUAUUAGGAAGUAAGGAGAUGUGUAAGUGUAUAUAUAUAUGGUAACAAAGUAGAGAAGUUCUCCCAGGGAGAGGCCUGGAAUUGUACAUGGUAUUACAUGACUGUAGGUAAGGAAACACUCACCAGAGCAUGUGAGAAGUAACUGAUUGAACAGAACGUUGCUUUGAUUAGUUCCCAUGAGCACUAAGAUGCCCUUUACAGAAUAAGGAUCAAAUCGUGGUUUUACAGCAGAGUUUGCUUAUGAAUGUGUCUUAGAUUCUUUCCAGAUCUCUUAAUUUAAUUUAUAAAUAAGCAAGAUCAUGAUUUUCCCCCUUGUUCUUUAUACAGAGAUAGAAAGCAAAAGUUGGUUUUCUCACCCACUAAUAAAAGCUUCAAAUAUAAAA